AUGGCAACUGGUAUAACAGAUUACCCUGAUAGUGUAGACAUAAAGAAAUUUUAUGGUAAUAGGACAGGUUGGGAGGCUGUGUUGCCGCAAUUGAGUUCAGAUGUAGCCUUCAAAAAUUUAGGACCGCCGAUGUCACCUCAAAAUAUAUCGAAUGUGAUUGCGUCGUUGUAUUGUAAUAAGUCGAGUGGAUAUGGGAUGGCCGAGGGUGGAAAUGUGUCUUUUGUGAUUUUUACAUCGUACAGCACUGCAGCACCAUCCGUGGUUGUCUUGUUCGACAGCUAA